AUUCCUCCAAAACACUUCAUUUCCUCCCUCUGCGUGACAGGAGGAAGACACGUGUUUAGCAUCUCGUCACGUUAUUAUUAUUCACUUUUUAUUACUUUUGAUUUAACUAAUUUCCCCCCGUCGCCAAUAGUUCUGCGUUACCAGUGACUUCCAGCAAGAGGCGCUGGUUAGCCGUUUAACUGGGAGGACAUUCCCCCUCUGUGUUUCCCUAUUUUCCCUCUCGGUACUAGCUAGCUAAAUAGCCCGCGCUUCCGUACCUCUGUCCCCAAGUCUGCACGCCGACAUGCCAGAGUACUUGGAAGACCCUUCUUCGCUCACCAAGGACAAGCUAAAGAGCGAGCUGUUGGCUAACAACGUGGAGCUACCCGGCGGCAACCCGACCAAGGACGUAUACGUGCAGCUGUACCUGAAGAACCUCACCGCUCAGAACAAGAAACUCGCCAUGGACACGGCCGCGACAUGGGACGCCUUCUCCAGCGACGAGGAGCUGCCGCCGCCUGUGAUCUCCAACAGAAGCCGCUCCUCCGGCAGAAAAGCCACCAGGAAAACAGACAAGGUUCAGCUGGACGAGGUGGAUGUGACCGUGCUGACCGACGAGGGCCUGAGGGACGAGCUGCUCAAGCACGGCGUGGACGUGGGGCCAGUCGUGGCAUCCACGCGCAAAUUGUACGAGAAGAAGCUGCAGAAGCUACUGGACAAUGGGCCCACACCAGUUCUCCCACCACAGCAAGUCAACCACAAUGGCCACUCUGAAUCAGACCUGUACAGUGACAAGGAAGAUGAAGUGACAGCAGAACCAGAACCUGUAGCAGAGGUGAUACCGGAGCCUGAACCAAUUCCAGUGGUGGAGAGACCGCUGAGGAGCCGAGGGAAGACGCCCGUCACCACACGCACCCGCAGCAGCCAGCACCAAACGAUCAUACCUGAGGACCUCAGGCCUGUGCUGAGAGAUCCAGUCCAGUUAGAGUCUAACUGGAAGGUUCAUCACAAGCCUGAGGGUCCAGCACGGGCUGACCCCCGCUCUACGUUGUCCAGACACGUUGAGUUGAAGAGUCAGCCUGAAGAACACAGACCACCAGCUGCUGCCAGCACAUCAUCUCCUCUGGUUCACCUGACCAGAGUCAACCAAUUCUCCUUUAGCCCCCGGAGUAACAUGUCGGCCAGUCGGAGGCAGGAGUCCACCUGGACUAUGUCGCAGUCGCCGAGUAAAGCCAGCAGUGUCACUGCAGCAGGGGUGGAGAAGAUCACAGCCAGUGAACAAAACACUAAAGUGGUGGAGAAGAAGGAGGUGCUGAAGGAGCUGUUCCCCAAUGACCUCAACAGUCCAACAGGAAUCUCCGCCACCUGUCGGCGUCCUAUCAGAGGAGCAGCUGGUCGUCCACUGAUGCCCAGCGACCUGUGGAACAAUGAAAACAGCCUGUUCUCUCCAAAGAUCACCAAGACCAGCAGCUCCUCGUGCUACACAGAGAGCCGCACUGUCAACAGAGUCAGCAGCUUGCCCCCCUCUCUUGCUUCCAACACCACUUCCUCCUCCUCCUCCUCUUCCUCUUCCUCUGGCAGGCUUUUGUCUGCUGCGCCACCUGCAGUUCAAACCAAGGUAGCGCGCCGCGGCAUGUCUCUGUGGAUUAAGCUGUUCCUGCUGGCCAUCGUGGCUGCGUUCCUGUUCUUGGUGUACCAGGCCAUGGAGACCAACGGCAUCGGUCCAUUCAUAACCUCAGACAAAGAAGUGGUCAGUGGCAGCACAGCGUAGAGAGCUCAGCGUCUGAGGGGUUAGGGGAAGCCUGUCUGCUUCCAUGGUUUUGGUUUUUUUGUUUUCCAAGUGUGAAUCUGCAUUGUAGCCAUUUUUCACAGGUGCUGUGAGGUUACCUCUUCACCCCCUUAUCGUCUGCCAUCUUUAUUUUUUUAUAUAUAUAUUCCUCUUUUUUUUUCCUCCUUCAUUCUAAAGUAGUUUUUACUGAAUCCCUAAAGUGACACGACUGUUUCAGAGACACUUCUAAGGAUUUCCAUGACAUGUGAAAGGACAGUACAGCACCUCGGCCUUACUGUCCCUGGGGUCACAACAAAGCCAGCCACUGCUCCACGUUGAGAGACACAAACACAGAUGACGUCAUAAUCCAUGUGGACUCCACUUUUUUUUUACUGAGUUUUGUUUAAUGUCAGCGUUUGUGUGUGUGUGUGUGUGUGUGUGUGAGAGAGAAAUGUUUGUCUUUAGAAUUUUCUUUUUUUUUUUUUUUCACUUUUUGCCUUUGCUUCUGUCUCUCAGUCCUUUUAAAGCCUCCAAGAUGGAAUUUGAACCUGUAAUGUUGUUUUGUACUUGACCAUCUUUGACAUGGAGGCCUCUCAUCUUAAAUUGAAUGCUUCUAUAUCUUCUUAAACAUUAUGACAAUAUUUUCUUAAUGUUCUCUUAUAAUAAAAUUGAAUGUCCCAGUGUAUCCUACUUAAUUAUGUAUUCACUGUCACAAAUAAUAAACAUCUACCCAGUACAA